AUGUGGUGGCUAGAUCCAGGAAAGGAGGUCCUAAACGUGGUGUUCAAUAGGAUACUCGCACCGUACAUUGAGAAUCUUGACAUGAAUCAAGUGAACUACGGCAUAGGACAAGGUCAACUUACGCUACGAAACUUGCGCCUUAAGAAAGGUGCUCUUGACAAGUUUCGACUGCCCGUUGACGUCCUCGAAGGAUAUCUUGGCACAUUCACUCUUUCUCUACAUUGGAUGAACCUUGGGAACCAGCCUGUCGAGGUUAUGAUCGAGGACGUUUACCUCUUAGUUGUCCCUUCUCCGCAAACACAGACGGACCCAGAAGAGGAGGAGCAAAGAGCUCAGGCCGCCAAAGCAGAACGGUUAGAGAGUGCGGAGCUGUUACACAUGAGAGGUCGCGCCGAUGCUUCUGAGACCUCACCCCAAAACGAAGGCCUUUGGUCGUCUUUAACAGCUAAGAUCAUCAAUAACCUGCAGAUAACGGUGAAGAACAUUCACAUACGGUAUGAAGACAAGCUGAGUGUUCCUGGUCACCCUUUUGCCGCUGGAGUCACCCUAGCCAGCUUUACGGCCGUGUCCGUGAAUGAAAAGUGGCAGCCAGCCUUCAUUGAAAGUUCUGCCGGUGCCAUUCACAAACUGGCUAACUUGGAGUCCCUUGCGGUUUAUUUCGACACAGACUCUGAGAGCAUGGCGGGCUUACCCCGCUCCCAAUCUUUGGAAGUUUUUUCUGCAUUGAUUUCUGGGAAUGCUGGAAGAGCAGAUCACCAAUUCAUUCUCCAACCUGUCUCUGGAGAGGGCCGAAUCAUCGUCAACCAUAAAUUGGACGAGAGUACACCUCACUACGACAUUCAGCUGUUCUUCGACGAAAUUGGUGUGGCGUUGGAUGACGACCAGUACCGGGAUGCUAUAUCCUUAGUGGACAUGUACCAUGUGUUUAUCCGGCAGCAUCAGUACCAGAAGUAUCGACCUACAGAGCAGGAGCUGGAAGAAAAUCGACCUCGAGCUUUGCUGCGCUUCGCUGGGAAGGCUAUUAUGGAUGGUGUACAUGAGCAACGUCGCAAAUGGACGUGGGCUUACUUCGCCGAACGUAGAGAUGAUCGUAAUGAGUAUGUGGAAUUGUUCGAGAAGAAGGUCAUGAACACCCUCCAGGAUCCAUACGCGCGUCGCCUUUCAGAGCUAGAAAAGAAACUGUCUUACGAGGACAUACGGUUUUACCGUUCUAUCGCACGCUCACGCCUUCGUAAAGAUGCUGCUCUCCGGAAGAAACUAGAAGAGGAGCGCCAGCAGCAGCAGCAGCAACAACAACAACAACAACCGCGAGGGUGGACAUCGUGGCUUUGGGGAUCUUCACAGACCGAUCAGCAGCAAGAUCCUGCUUUCGGAGGGCCUAUGACAGAUGAACAACGCAAGGAAUUGUACGAAGCUCUGGAUUAUGACGAGAAGUCUGCCAUCGCGGACUCCUUUGAAGCACCCCGAGAUGCACUGAAAAUGAGAGCUGUGGCAGAGCUGCGGAAAGGAACACUUGCUCUUAGGAAAGACCCAAGAGGAACGCCAAUUGAGAUCAUAUCAACAGUAUUCGACUCGUUCCGCGCCGAGUUCGUUCAGCGGCCCGAUAACUUUGAAAGCUCAAUUUCCUUAGGUGGCUUUAGCGUGUUUGAUGGCACUACCAAGGACACGCUUUACUCCCAGAUUGUGAGGGUGAAAGAUCCAAGUGAAGCUACUACCAACCGUCAUGAUUCGAAUGACCCAUUCUUCUUCGUCAAAUUUGAAAGCAACCCCUUGGAUGAACGUGCAGACACUGCCCUGACUGCGCGCAUGCGUCAUAUGGAGAUCAUUUAUCACAGAGGAUAUGUGGAGGCAGUAUGGAAGUUUUUCAAACCCCCACCCAGCCAGCUGGAGUCAGUUGAAGCCUUGCUUAGCGCCGCCAGUCAAACUCUAGAGGGAUUACGAAAGGAAACGAGGGCAGGGCUUGAGUAUGCCCUUCAGAAGCACAAAACGGUCGACCUUCAAGUGGACUUGAAUGCUCCGAUCAUCAUCAUACCAGAGAACAUUACCACAAACGUAUGCCAGCAUCUGGUUAUUGAUGCUGGCCACAUCUCCGUUGAGAGUAAGCUUGUGGACAAAGAAGCCAUCCGGGCAAUACAAGCAAAGCGUAACCAACAGUAUGGCGAAGAAGACUAUAAACGCCUCGAAUCACUCAUGUACGAUAAGAUGAUACUUCGCCUUGAGGCUGCUCAGUUUGUCUUGGGUGGUGACCUGCAGUCGUGCAAAGAAGCCAUCACUUCGCAACGAAGCGACUCUCUUCACUUACUUGAACGGAUCAAUGUGGACUUCGAAGUACAAAACUCCAUUGUUCCAACUGCCCUCAAUCUGGCGCGCUUCAAGGUCUCUGGAAAACUUCCUGCCCUCCGGGUGAACAUCUCUGAUAUAAAAUACAAAUCCUUGAUGCGGAUAAUUGAUGUGGCUAUCCCACAUUUCGAUGAUGACGUCCAAAGCUCUCCACCUCAUGGGCAACUUCCUGGUAUUGCCAUUCCGUUUGCGCUAUCAAGCGGCUUGUUUGGCCCUUUAAGGUCGGAGUACACCAUCGAGGAGGAAGAAACGUCAAAGGAGGACACAACAUUAAGUCGGGAAAAUACCCUUUUUGAAGAGACUAACAAUGCUUUAGAGCACCCGGAGAUUAAGCAGCAUACGUUUGAUCUCAAUUUCGAAGUCGAACGUUUGAAGGGCGUCAUCUCCAAAAGCAAUGGCAACAGGACCGAAAAAAUCAUCGGCGAUGUGACUUUUGAGCACUUUAGGCUAACAUGUUGCUUGAUGAAGUAUAACAUGGAUGUCGGGGUGAAAUUGAGGUCACUAGCGAUGAACCUGGUACAAGAUGGAGGUUAUCCGCUGCAAUUCAUAUCUUCCGAGGACUCGGGUGACAAUAAGGAUCUGAUGAACAUCGCGUAUACUCGCGUACAAAGCAACUCACCGGAAUACCUCCCCGUUUUCGAAGGAAUUGACCAAAACGUGGAUAUCAAGUUGUCGACUUUCGUAUUCCGUGCAGCACCAGCUCCCGUUAUUGCCCUUUAUGAUUUCAUCAUGACGACUUUCGUCCCUCAAGCAACCGAGGCAGAUAGCACUAGUACUGAUGCAUCUUCCAACUCCAAGGUUGUCAGCCCAAAUUCCAAUGAUAAAACACAGACAGCGUCGAGUGGCUCCAUCCGCGUGGCCCUCAAACUUGACAGUGUCAAGAUCCUCCUCAUGAAUGACAUCGAUAGCAUCGCGACACUGUCAUUGACAACUGCGGAUGUUCUUGUGCUACUUCAUGGACCGGGAAUGCAGAUAGCUGGCCGGCUCGGUAAUCUCUCUCUAGCCGAUGACCGUUCUACGGAAGUGGCCGAUACAGACUUCAAAAGGAUCUUGACUAUUGAAGGGCAAAACUUUGCUGAAUUCCGGUACCAAACUUACGAUCCGAAUGCCGAAAGCUACACUGGCGUGAAUUCCUCCGUCUCUUUGAACGCAGGUUCUCUUAAGCUGCACUACUUGGAGAAACCUCUGCACGAUAUCUAUACGUUCGUCACAAAACUGGCUAAGCUAAAGGGGCUCUACGAUGCUGCGCGGCAGGCUGCCGUACAAAGGGCUUCAGAGAUAGACCUCAUGAAGUUUGACAUCACGAUAAAGACCCCAAUCGUUGUCUUCCCUUCAGACCCUUUACGGUCACGCGAUGCGUUGACACUCAGGCUCGGAGAAAUUUCUGCUCAAAACUCGUUCGAGGACACAUCGAGCAAGAUCCAAUCAAGUUUGCGCGGUAUUCAGCUCGUGUCUACCUUAUACUAUGAUGAGGCGUCGUCCACAUUGACUAUGAUAGAUGAUAUUGCUAUCACCGCAGAUGUUAUUCAGCAAAAUUCUGCCAACCAUGUCCCAAAUAGCCUGCUGCCAGAUGUUCAGGUUUUAGUCAAUAUUUCUGAUGUGAAGAUGUACCUCACCCAGGUUCAAUACGGCCUUUUGAUGGAUAUUUCAAAAUCUAUCCCGAAAGUUCUGUCGGGAGCACCAGAAGGGGAGCACCAAAUUGAAUCAUCAAUCAGCCCUGCAACAUCGUCACAUGCACGAGCUUUAACUGAAGAGGAGCAAGAAAUUCAUGUCAGCUUGGAGCCUGAGCUCCGUGCGCAGCAGAAGGACAUAUGGGCGACGGUCGACGUGCUGGUCUCUGUGAAAACGAUCAAGUUACAUUUGUAUGAUUCUCAAGCGACUACUGAAAGUAGCCUGAAGGAGCAUGGCAUUGCGCGCUUUGCCCUAAACGACAACACUCUACGAUACAAGUCCAUGUCCGACACCUCUUCAGAAGCUCAAGUUGUCCUCAAAUCAUUCACGAUGAGCAACACUCGCCCAGGAUCAUCAAAGUUUCGCGAAAUUAUACCUGCCGCUCAGCACGCACGAAAUCAGUUCAUGAUCCUAUAUUCGGCGGCUGGGAGCACCAGCGGCUCUUCACUAGCCAUUGUGACAGUAGACUCUCCGCAUGUUCUCUUUGCUGUUGAACCUGUCUUUGCUUUGUUGGAUUUCUUUACAGCUGGCAUCUCCAGCUCGACCCCAGAGGAGACAGAGAAGAAAGAAUAUAACAAUGUGGACAGUAGAUCAUCCAGAGGACAGCAGACUCAGCUUGACUUCCGAUUUGACCUUCAUGAUGUCUCCGUCAGCAUACUAGAAGACGAGGCCAACCCCAAUUCACAGGCUAUCCGUCUGUAUAUUGACCAAAUCCUACUUUCGCAGCAGGGCAUCAUGGCCUUAUCCGUAAACCAGCUCGGUCUUUCACUCAUACAGAUGGGAGUCGAAACAGAUACAGUUCGGUUGCUUGAUAAUGUCGACAUCACGUUCACCUUGGACAGCCGUACCUCCAAGCGUGAGCAGAUGACAAGCAUGGAGAUGACAGCAAAACCCAUCAUCAUUCGAGCUUCAUACCGAGACAUCAUGCUAAUUAGCACCAUUGUCACCAAAGCGGCAAACCUUUACGCUAAAUUCCAGGGAGGUUCAUCAAGGGCCAGUACGACUAGUGCUUCUAGUGUGAAGUCAACUAUGACAGACAGUGCCCCUUCGCGUCCACCACAUUCAACCUACAAACACUCACAAGAUUAUAUGAUCGGCAGCGCACGAGUAGUCAUGUCCAAAGAACAGAUGUCCGCGUCGUUCGAUGGUUUCCGAUUGAUACUAAUUGGCGAUAUGCAUGAACAACCUAUGUUGCAUCUCAAAUUGAGUCCAUUUACCAUCAAAGCUGUUGAUUGGUCGUCAGAGUUGCAAGCCAACUCGAGCUUGUCUCUUCAGAUUAGCUACUGGAAUCUGACAAAUUCUCAUUGGGAGCCGCUUAUCGACCCAUGGGCUUUUGCUCUAUCGCUCGCAAGAGACCCCACUUCUGGCGAAGUCAAGUCUUCGUUAUCGUCUAGGGAGCGGCUGGACCUGAAUUUGAGCACUACCUUUGCUGAGUUGGCAUGGACCACCUCGCAAAUGUGGGGCAAAGAGGGUCAUCGCGUGCUCAAAAACGCGCGAGGAGCUUAUGCCCCUUAUCGCAUUCGAAACCGUACGGGGUCGACGAUUUCGGUCUGGAUUGAUGACGAGUCAAAUCACUCCUUGAAGGACUCGAGCUCGGUCAAGAUCACUAACAGUCAAAGUAUCGAAUGGAGAUUCGAUGAUUGGAAGACUAUGAGAGAGCAUGUCACCUCCGGCGAGCACAGUAUAGGCGUCCAGCUCGUCGGUAAAUCAUGGGAGGCUAUCAGAGGUGUACCUGUCGACCGGGAAGGAGAAUACACAUUUUCCCUCCGUCCACGUCUGGAGAAGUACACAGACAGGCUGUUGUGCUCUGUCAAGCUAGAGAACAACGUGAAGAUAGUCACCCUCAGAUCGACCUACCUAGUGGAAAACCUCACGUUUUACCCUUUGGAGGUCAUGCUCGUGGAUCACACGGGGCACCCCGUGUACUCUGUCGAGAAAAUCGCUCCCGGUCAAGAUUAUUCACUCCCUAUCGAAGCUGUUGCGGAGAACCGAAUACGCUUGCAGCCUGAUCAGGGCUUUGGGUACCGCUGGUGCUCGUCAUUGCGAAUGGAAGAUCUCCUUGCCAAGAGGAACCUCACUAUCAAUUGCCCACAUAAUGAUCCGCAGGAAGCUCCGUUCAGGUUCCAAGCCUGGGUUCAGAUAGAUGAAAGCGAUCUUAACACCAGAAAAUCGCCGCGUAUCAAGCUCAAACUUCGUGCCCCCAUAGAGUUAGAGAACCUUUUGCCUUACAACCUUCAGUACAGAAUUUACGACAAAGAUGCCAAUCAAAAUUGGAAGAGUUAUCUCAGGAAAGGUGGUGUCAUGCCUGUACAUUCUGUGGAGCUGGGCCACCUUGUCCUUCUGAAUGUGGAGGUACAAGAUACAGUUUUCAAGCCGAGCGAUUUCGCAAUCAUCAACACUGACCGUAGCUCCGAUUUUGAUAUCGAAAACCGUCUCUCUCUAAGGGAUCCAAAUGAUAGAAAACUUGAUCUCAAGCUCAAUUACGUGCGUCAGCCUGACUCAGGAGGGGCCUUCAAGGUUCAGAUAUAUAGCCCAUACCUAGUUGUAAACAAGACCGGACUCCCAUUCAGCGUCAGAGCUGCUCGCUCCAAUAGAGCAAGUUCACCUCAAGAUGUCGCCGGAGAGACAAAGACAGAUGUGCUUAGACAACCUACUCCGUUCAUGUUGUCCCACCGUAGUGAGAAUGGGCUGGCGUUUGUCUUCAGGGUCGGAGAUUCAGCUUGGUCUAACGUCUUCAGCCUGGAGGCCCCAGCCGCAGAAUCAGCGAUGGUAAUUCCCUCUCAACGCCAAAAGACGGAAGAAUAUCAUUUCGGGCUGUCCUGGAGCGAAGGCUAUGGCAAGUACAAACUAACCAAAGUCAUUACUAUCUCGCCGCGGUUUUUCAUCAAGAACAAUCUUGGUGAACCUAUAUCUGUUAGGGAACAUGGAGUGGGACCCCAAAGCCGCUUCGUCGUUGGUGCUGGAGAACGUUCGCCCCUGCAGAUAACUCGUAUCGGUCGAGAACGGCUGUUGACAAUUGCAUAUCCUGGGCUCAACUCAGCUUGGUCGCCACCGAUCAACAUCGAAGACAUUGGCUCUGUACAUUUCCGCCUUUCCAACACCAAUGACCAAAAUGAUGCGCAGAUAAUCAGAGCCAAUGUUCAAAUUGACGGUUCAACUAUUUUCGUGUCUUUCCAGAAAGCUGAAGGGGCACCUUUUGUCAUUGAAAAUAGCAGUGACUUCUCGUUCUCGUUCUGUCAGACGGACUCGGGUAGAGACGAUUCUAACGCCACCAGACCAGGUAUGCCGUGGUACAGGCUCGACCCUCACAGUCAAAUACAGUACACUUGGGAUAUGCCAGCCGCUAGAGAAAAGAAACUUCUGCUGACCACUGGAGAGUCACGACGAGUUGUGGAUAUCAUGGAAAUUGGUGUUCUGCUUCCAUUCAGAUUUAGGGAGCGUCAACGCACGCGGGUAGCAUCUCUUGACGUGCGGGCUGAUGGUCACAAACAAGUACUCCGCAUAACGCACUACGUUGCCGAAAACAGUGUAUACAAACCAAAACGUCAAAGUACAGGGUCGUUGGCGAGGUCGGAUACUUUCGCGAGCUCGGAGGCCUUUGAAGCAGUCACAGAAGAUUCCACACCAACCCUCAAUAUCCAGCUAGAUCUUGCAGGAAUAGGCGUUUCGCUCAUCAAUCGACGCAUGCUUGAAGUGGCGUACAUAUCGGUAACCGCAUUGAAGUUCGAGUACAGCACCAGCCCUGCUGCUCAAGCAAUCACCUUUGCAUGCAAUUCUCUCCAAAUCGAUAACCAGCUACAUGACGCGCUGUAUCCUGUUGUCCUGCAACCCAGUCCCAUCUCUAAGGAAGUCCGAGGAGUUGCUGCGUUGCCGACAAUUCAAGCCUCGGUAAUCUGGCUCAAUGAUCAAGAGCACGGCGUCUUGUUUGUCAAAUAUUGCUCCAUACUUCUUCAAGCCUUGACAAUCGAAACGGAUGAAGAUUUACUUUUUGCAAUAUAUGACUUGACUCAGAUCAAGGGACUUUCCUGGGAGGAGGACACUGAAGAUGUGCUUAUUCGGCAUCCAAACGAGGUCCCCGAACCUCAGGCCACAAUAGCCUCGGGCAGUGAGAUCUAUUUCGAAGUGUUGGAGUUGCAGCCUAUUUUGCUCUCACUUUCUUUCAUGCGCACCGAAAGAGUCAGCAGCGAAGACAAACUAAGCAUUCGUAAUCCUCUCGCCGUUGUGGUGAAUGCUUUGACAAUGACUCUCGGGAACAUCAAUGACGCACCCCUGGAAUUGAAUGCAUUGGCUAUCAAAGACAUGCGUUUGACCUUCCCUGAACUCCAGACACGAGUGAUGCUGCACUACAGGCAGGAUGUUCUCCGCCAGCUCUACCGCAUCCUAGGAUCUGCUGACUUCAUCGGCAAUCCGGUGGGGCUAUUUACCAACGUUAGCUCUGGAGUUGCGGAUAUCUUUUAUGCACCGUACAACGGUGUGGUAAUGCAUGGUAACAAAGAAUUAGGGAUUGGCAUCGCGAAGGGUGCUGCUAGCUUUGUCAAGAAAACAGUCUUUGGUCUCUCUGAUAGCAUGACCAAGUUCACUAGUAGCGUUGGCAAAGGACUCUCCGCUGCAACUUUUGACUCCGAGUAUCAAGCCCAGCGGCGGUUGACCCAGCGAAGAAAUAAACCACGACAUGCCAUCUACGGCGUCACGGCAGGGGGUGAAGCGUUUGCUAGUAGCUUUGUCAGUGCCAUGGAAGGCAUAGUGACAAAGCCCAUACAAGGUGCAGAAUCGGAGGGCGCGUUUGGUUUCUUCAAGGGAGUUGGAAAAGGCCUUGUAGGCGCGGUGACGAAACCUGCUGUUGGAGUUUUUGACCUUGCUUCCAACGUUUCGGAAGGUAUCCGCAACACCACAACCGUCUUCGACAAGCCAGAGCGAGACAGGGUUCGUCCUCCUCGCCACGUUCCAUCCGACGGCGUCCUAGUGCCCUAUUCUGCUCGAGAGGCUCAGGGGCAGUACAUGAUGCGAGAUCUUGACAAUGGUGCUUUCCGCCAAGAGUCCUACGUUGCUCAUAUAGAUACACCAGGAGGAGAUAAUGUCGUGCUACUGACCACAACAAAACUACUCUCGUUCUGGUCGAAGAAACUCCGCCUGGACUGGGAGUUGCCUCUGACCUUGGUCCAAGGAGUUGCAGUCGAGGACACCGGCAUCCGAUUCACGCACAAAUCAGGGAGAGAUCACGAUAAAUUCAUCUUCAUUCCGGACAAGACGUCCCAGGCAUGGUUCUUUGGUCAGAUUGCUGCGGUGGUGAAGGCGUUCAACAACCGGAGGAGGAUGGACACAUGA